AUGGGAAAGAAAAGUAACAAAAAGGAAAGCACUGAGACAAAAGUACAGGAUACACAGUUUGAGCUAGAUAAUGAUUUCAAUCAAUACAUCAGGGAAAUAUCAAGAAAUCUUUAUAAUGAACAAAACAAUGACGAUGAAAGCAGAAUUUUAUUAAUUAAUAAUUUUAUUGAGGCAAUUCCUGAUAACCAGUUUGAGGCAGUAGCUCAGCAUGGAUUAGGAUCAAAAGUUACAGACUCAUUAAUUGGAUUUUCAUCGUCAGAAAAUUUUGAAAAGUUCACAUCAAAUUUGUCUUCAAGAAAAUUGUAUACAGACAUUAAGUCAACUUUUGUUUUAGAGAACUGUAUGCGAAUUGCUACAAUUAGAGCACUGGCUAAUGAAAGCAUCAAAGAUGAGGAAACUGUUGAUGAUGAACCAGCUACGAAAAAGAGAAAGUUUGCUAAAAGAUCAACAGAUAUUGAGUAUAAUCUAAAACUGGAUGUUAAACCUGAACACAUUAAAUACUGCAAUGAUUUAGUGAUGAGAUUAUCAAAAUUUGUUUUGAACAAUAUUGAAGACCUACUUAAAAGUCAAGGAACUCAUUUUGUAAGGACAUGUCUGUUGUCACUAGCUGGAAUCAUUAAUAUUAAGUCACACGAUAGAAAUGCCCCAAAUCAAAUAAAUCUAGUGACUGAAUAUCAGAAAACAAUUAAUCCAGAAUGGAUAGAAAUUGCUUGUGACUUUGCAACAAGAAUUAUUCAAUGGCCACAAUUUGCAGACCUAGCUUUUGAUGAAAAGUCCUCAACAUUCUUACAGAUUCUCUGUCAAGUUUUACACAAUAUUGGACAGCAGGAUACGCUCAAGAAAUUGAUUAAAUCAAUUAUGAAGAAAUGUUUUAUGGACGAGGACAAUGACCAGGAAGAAGCUAGUGACGAGAAAAAUUUUGAAAUUUUAAAGCCAUUCACCAACAGAUCAGCUCAAUUUCUUCUUGAAUCAGUCAUUCAAUAUUGUGAUGAGAAGCAGUUCCUCAAGAUAUAUAAUACAUAUUUUAAGGAUUACAUUGUUCAAAUGUCUGACUCAAGUUUUAACUUUACUGUUCAACGAUUAAUCGAUGCUGUUAAGAAUAAAGAAAUUUAUGAGGAAAUAUUCAAUCAGUUAACUCCACAAUUCGCGAAUCUGCUACAAAAUGGAAAGACUGGAGUCGUUUUAGCAAUUUGUAAGGCAUGUGAUCGAUUAAGCUUCAAACAAGGACAAUUUAUUCAGAGUUUAUUGAGAUGUCUCGAAUGUGAAAAAUCACCAAAUUUUACAAUUCAAUGCAUCACAAACUUAAUGCCUUUAAAAGUUAUUGAAGAAAAAACGGAAGUGGAUGUGCAUUUACAUGGAUCCUUAAUCCUUCAACACAUCCUUAAGUUCAAUAAACCAAUCAAAAUUAUACAAAAUCUUUUGGAUAUGAAGCCACAGCAUCUUUCAGACAUUUUUUGUCAUCCAAAAGGCUCAAGAAUUGCCGAUUCCUUUUUAGAAUCAAAGUUUAUUGGCGAAAAGUCACGUGAAAAAUUAAUAAAACAUCUUGAAGGAAUGUACCUAAAAAUGGCACUAUCAAGGAACGGAUCACAUGUGCUAGAAAAGCUAUACAACAUCUCGUCCGACAGCCAAAAAGAAGCAAUUGUUAAGGAACUUUCAGAACGAAUGAAUCAAGUAAACAGCUCACAAUCCGGAAAGAUUGUUGCAUACAAACUCAAUGCUGAAAUGUAUGCACGAAACCCAAAUCAAUGGAGGAACUUCCUCUCAAGGUCAGCAAAAUAA